UAGUAUAUUUUCUCCUACUCCUAUAUUUCUUUCUUUCUUAAGUUGUUGAGAAUUAAUAAUGAUGGAUGAGGAGGGCGAAAUCCCUGGCUCCUGGUGGUCCUCUUCUUCUCCCAGUCAUGAUAACUUCCAUCAAAGCGAGUCCAUGACGAAUUUGUUGUUGCUUCUCCAACAGUUUCCGUCUUCUGCUGAUUCUGCUGCACAAGUUGUCGACUCCGAGGUUGUUAUUACCGGAACCAAUCAGUUACAAUCUUCUAAUUCCGCUGCUGCGCAAGAUGUUUAUUUCGAGCACGAUGCUGUUAGUGUUACCGGAACCAAUUCCAACUCCAACUCCGAGCACUCGUUUUUGGAGUUUAUGGCUGAAGAGUUACCGCCUUUGGAUUCCGCUCUGGAACAUGAGAUUACUAUGUCAAAGUCACCAAUGUACGCUGCUGUUGUCGAUUCCUCCAAAGUUGCGAGCUGUAGCAAUUCAAACGACUUGGUUCCUCUGCAAUUGAAUUCUGCAUCAUCUUUCUCGGUUCCUCUACCGAUGCCUCCUGUUGAUUUUGUUAGUGAGUGCACUUAUUACAAGAGCAAGCCGGACCUCCCUUGCGCUGCACUCAAUCAAGAAUUCAAUGUAGUGAACAAUACUCAAUUUCAGCCUCCAAUUGCUAGUACUAAUGCUAUUGCUUCUUAUCAUAAUUUUGCAGAUGAGUUUGUUCCUCUAUCAUUGAAUUCUGCAGUGACUGGUGUGGUUUCAUCACCUCUACCAAUGGCUCCUCCUCAUCCUCAUGCUGUUGAUUUCAAUAGCGAGCACACUUAUUACAAAAGUAGGCCUGAAAUCUCUUGCGCUGCUGCCAAUCAAGUUAAUCAACAAUUCAAUGUAGUGAACAAUACUCAAUCGCAGCCUCCAGUUGCUAAUACUAAUGUUUUUCAAUUUACAGCAAAAGUCAUUGAAAGUUCUGAUGAGGCAAAGCGUCAAAGGAGGAAGCAAGCAAAUCUAGAAUCAGCUAGACAGUCUAGAAAAAGAAGACAAGACCUGAUGAAAAACACUAAGAUAGAGGUUGAACGUCUUAAGAGGACAGCCUCAGAAUUAUCACUGACUUGCUCGAAGCGUAAAGAAAAUUGUGACACAUCUCAUUGUUGGAAUAGAGUUGCAAUAAUUGAUCGUGUGGCACUUAUUGCACGGGUCUAUACAUCUGAGAAACAACUUAUGAAAGUGACAGGGUUCCACCCACUCGAUGACCCAAAUUUUAUAUCUAUAGCUAAAAAUGCUGGUCUAAAUUUGUCGGAUGUUAGAAGCCUGAUACAUGCACCUACAUAUCUUACUUCACAAAUUCCACCAUACCUUAACCAACUGGUUUCUACUUUUUCCAAUGCUCCACAUCCCCAAGAACAACGAGUGCAAAAUCAAAAUUUUCUGAAGACUGGUUUGCAUGGGGCCAUGCCUGGUUGGGACAAUAACCAAUAGAAAAAGUAUUAGUUCAAAAUUAUUGAUAUUGAUCUAUACAUCUUUCUAUUUGUUAUUAUGAUUUAGUUAAAUCACUAUUAGUUGAUUUGGACAGAAGUACUA